AUGUUGAUCACUGGGAGUUACGAGGCGCUACUCACUCUUAGCCAAAGGUUUAGGAUUUUGGCAGUGAUCGCAAUUUGUGUGUUUGCACUUCUACCAAAGGGGGCCAAUGCUGUCAGUUGUCCAAUGCGACCUACCGAUAGAAAUAUCAAGAUAGAGACAAAAAUCAUCAACGGUAUUUGCUACGAAUACGUGUCUGGAAUGUACAGUUCUUCGAAGAAUUGGGAGGAUGCCUUGGCGGAUUGUAGGCUGUACAACGGCACCUUGGCGGAGGCAAUUAGUAGUGAAAUUUGGCAGGACAUCAAGGAUGGUUUUAACAGUAUUAUGAAAAGUACAACGUGGAUAGGUCUCCAUGAUCCACAGAAGAACAAGCGUUGGGAAUGGGUUGGAUCAGGUCCUUUCCUGACAACAACUAGUACGACUACUACCACUACACCCACUACAACUACUACGCCAACUACCACUACAACGCCUACCACAACUACUACACCCACUACAACUACUACACCCAGUACAACUACUACGCCAACUACCACUACAACGCCUACCACAACUACUACACCCACUACAACUACUACACCAUCUACAACUACUACACCCACUACUACUACAACACCAACCACAACUACUACACCCAUUACAACUACUACGCCAACUACAACAACUACACCAACUACAACCACAAAGCCUACAACUACUACACCAACUACAACUACUACGCCAACUACAACAACUACACCAACUACAACUACUACACCAACUACAACUACUACGCCAACUUCAACUACUACACCUACCACAACUACUACACCAACUACAACCAAAAAGCCUACAACUACUACACCAACUACAAAUACUACGCCAACUACAACUACUACAUCCACUACAACUACUACACCAACUACAACCACUACACCUACUACAACAACUACACCAACUACAACUACAACGCCUACCACAACUACUACACCAACUACAACUACUACACCAACUACAACAACUACACCCACUACAACUACAACGCCUACCACAACUACUACACCUACUACAACUACAGUGCCUACCACAACAACUACACCUACUACGACUACUACGCCAACUAAAACCACAAAGCCUACAACAACUACACCUACCACAACUACUACUUCCACUACAACUACUACACCAACUACAACCACUACACCUACUACAACAACUACACCCACUACAACUACAACGCCUACCACAACUACUACACCAACUACAUCUACAACGCCUACCACAACUACUACACCAACUACAACUACUACACCAACUACAACAACUACACCCACUACAACUACAGUACCUACCACAACUACUACAGUUACCACAACUACUACACCAACUAAAACCACAAAGCCUACAACUACUACACCUACCACAACUACUACUUCUACUACAACUACUUCACCCACCACAACUACUACAUCCACUACAACUACUACACCCACUACAACUACAACGCCUACCACAACUACUACACCAACUACAACUACUACAACCACAACGCCUACCACAACUACUACACCCACUACAACUACUACACUCACUACAACUACUACACCUACUACCACCACUACAACCACAACGCCUACCACAACUACUACACCCACUACAACUACUACACCCACUACAACUACUACACCAACUACAACAUUCACCACAACAACUACACCAACUAAAACUACUAAACCUACUACAACUACUACACCCACUACAACUACAACGCCUACCACAAAGACUACACCUACCACAACUACCACACCAACUACAACUACUACACCUACUACAACUACUACAGUUACCACAAAUACUACACCAACUACAACUACUACACCAACUACAACUACUACACCAACUACAACAUUCACCACAACAACUACACCAACUACCACUACAACUACUAAACCAACUACAACUACUACACCAACUACAACUACUACACCUACUUCACCCACCACAACUACUACACCUACUACAACUACUACACCCACCACAACUACUACACCUACUACAACUACUACACCAACA